GCUUUGCGUCGCCAUCCUCUAAGUUCCUGAGCGGAGUCGUCUUCUGAUUCUCUCUAGGAAGGCAUUAACAUCUUUGUUGUGUGGACACCCAUGAAUUCAUAGAGAGAAGAGCAAAAGGCUUUGGAGUUUCUCUCUAGAUUUAGCCUGUUUGUAUCGUAGUGUGUCUGCGCCGAAUCCUCCUCUUUUUCACUCCUCAAAACCCUAUUAAUAAGGGAACGCAUACUCGUACUCACAUCAUGAGCGCUAGUGGGGUAAGAGAAGUUCCAUUGAGGUAUGCAAGGAGCAGUAGGCGAAGGAAGACAGUUCUGAACUUGGAUCUCAAUGAUGCACCACCCACUGAUACGAGGGACCAGGAGGGGCCUUCAAUCCGAACAAUGCCAGUACCCCCUGCUGCCAUUGAUGUUGAGGCCAUUGAUGAUGAAGUUGUUGAAUCCUCAGCCACAGCCUUUGCGGCAGCUAGAAACAAUUCCAGAAGGAUUCGUGGAAGGACAGUUGUUGAUGUAGAUUUGGAAGUACAAACAACAAGACCUCUUAAUAACCGCAACAAGCGUAGAAGAGCUCCUCCAAAUCAAACAAUUAUCAAUGAUGAUCGUUAUAUAAACUUGGAAAGCAGUAACAGCUUGUUGAGAGAGAAUAAGCCUCCAGAACAAACUUGGCAUGUUCCGCCUCUGCCACCCAAGGAGCCCACCUUCAACUGUCCAAUUUGCAUGGGUCAGUUAGUUGAUGAGAUGUCAACAAAAUGCGGUCACAUUUUCUGUAAGAUGUGCAUUAAGGCUGCUAUAUCUGCCCAGGGUAAAUGCCCUACCUGUAGGAAAAGGGUCACCAUGAAAGAUACCAUCAGAAUUUACCUUCCUGCAGCCAGCUGAGUGUGAUGCCUGCGCCAAUCAUGUAAUUAUGCAUAGGCUUAAAGAUUUUCAGCAUAUAAGGAGGGUUAUAAAGACUGGCUUUUGGAGGAUAGAAAGAGGAAUGAAAUGAUGGGUCUUGGCAUGUCAUCGGACUCUUUUAUUUUUAACAUUGGUAUUACAUAAUCAUUUUAUGGUCAUGGUGUAAGUGCCUUGUUGCAAUGAUGGGUGGGUCUGUGGAGCCAAAUCUUUCUGGUUAGUGGAUGAUUUAAUUGACUAAGAUAUUUGUGUACUUGUUUUAUAGUUUUGUUAUUUUCAGGAUAUUCUAGUAGUAGUAUAACUUAUCUAUAAACUGAGCUUAAUGGCAUUUAGUGUUUUGAUUUGAGAAAAUCUAAUGAGUUAGGGCUCUGGGUUUUAGAAGA